AUGGGUUCUGUGUUAAUUGUUGAUCCAGUGCUUGGCUUUUACUUGUGUUUCUUUGUGUUUUCUAGGUCUGGGACUGUGAGGCGUUCCAACACUAGUCCUAUGGGGUUUUCUAAGGUGGGGUCGGGGUCCCCCAGUUCCGCAGACGUCCCUCAGAUAGUAGGCAGGCGUCUCUCCACCGGCAGCUCUCGGCCCUACUCCCCCUCGCCUCUUGUGGGCACCAUCCCUGAGCAGCUGGGUCACUGCUGCUGUCACCUGCAGAACCAUGAGCCUCGCAGCCGCAGCUCCUCAGGAGGUUCCCCCGUCCCGUCUUCUCAGCUCCUUGGGGCUCGGCUCCACAGCGCCCCCACCCUGACCGAGUUUUACCAGACCAGGCAGAAACUCCACAAGCAGUUGUCAGACCCUGUGCAGCCGUCCGCCUCCUCCUGCAGCCAUUCCCCUCAGUUCGGCCGACCAGCCAACCUCGGCACCUCCCCCACCAAGCUUCUGGGCUCCUCCCCCCGCACAUCUGACUGGCUGCAGAAGUCGCCGCUGCCUACGAUCAUUGGCUCACCGACUAAGACCAUUUCGGCACCAUUCAAGAUCCCCAAAACGCAGGCGUCCUGUAACUUGAUGGCCCUGGCAGACAGUCCUGUGCCCACCAAGACGCUGGCAGAUGCCCGAGAUAUCUGUGCCCACCACUGCAGCCCGUACCUCACUGGACGCCCAGCUGCCCCCGAGGCCAGCAGGACCUUUGGCAGGUCUGUGAGCACGGGUCGUAUCUCUGAACAGCCAAUCAGAAUCACCCUGGGUGGACAGGCCUAUCAGGGCAGCACUGACAGCUUGAACACAGAGCGACCCAUGGACACGGCCCCUGCAGGUCCCAUCGGGCUGAUUCACUGUGGGUCAGCGAGUCCUCGUACUGUCCUUUUCACUGUGGGUUCACCGCCCAACAGCAGCACUCCUCCUACCUGCAGCCACCUGGGCACACGACCACGCACCACCUCAGUGGGCUCCAACAGUUCAGCCGGCUCCCUGUGCUCCACGAGCGGUCGGGUCUAUGUGGGAUCUCCUCCAGGCAUGGCCCUGGGCUCCUCUCCUCCAGGAGGUUUUGGUGGCGGGCAGGUUGUCCCUGGGACUGAGGGGGCACCCAGCAGCCUGCGCUAUGUUCCCUAUGGGACCUCCCCUCCCAGCUUGGAGGGAUUCAUCACAUUCGAAGCGCCGGAGCUGCCUGAGGAGACCCUCAUGGAGCGUGAGCAUACAGAUACCCUGAUGCACCUACGGAUGAUGCUCUCCUUCACUGACUGCGUCCUGGAGAUGGCGGCAGUGCGAGCUGGAGCGACCGAGCUCGGCAUGUCGGCCGCCUCCAUCUACCCCCCCCAGGACAGCGUGGUCGUGGACCAGAUCAGCCAGCUCAGUAAAGAGUGGGGACAGGUAGAGCAGCUGGUGCUGUACAUGAAGGCGGCUCAGCUCCUGGCUUCCUCUCUCCACAUGGCCAAGGCUCAGAUUAAAUCGGCCAAGCUCAAUCCCUCUACUGCUGUCAAACAGGUGGUGAAGAGUUUGAAUGAGCGUUACAAAAGCUGCAUAUCCCUCUGCCGGCAGCUGACCGACAAACUCAACCACUUCUUCUCUGAUAAGCAGCGCUUUGUAGACGAAAUCAACAGCGUCACCGCGGAGAAGCUCAUCUACAACCACGCUGUGGAGAUCGUUCAGUCAGCAGCUCUGGAUGAGAUGUUCAAGCAGACAGAAGACAUAGCCUACCGCUACAGCAAGGCCGCCAUGCUGCUGGACGGCCUGUCUAAGAUCCUACACGACCCUACUGAUGUGGAGAACGUGGUCAAGUACAAGGCCAGCGUGGACCGCAGGAUCUCAGCCCUCUGCUACUGCACUGUAACGCUCUACGAGUAGCUACACACACACACACACACACACACACACACACACACACACACACACACACACACACACAGAGGGACCAAGUCCUAAGACGAUUGACACAUCCUCACAAAGCCGUCGUUCCUUCCUGUAGCAGUUGAAGCACUUUUCAUUUGAAUCUGUAUUUAUCGUCAUACUGGCUGCAUCACGGACUGAACUGUGACAAGCGACUGAUGCUCAAAUGUACAACCAAAGAUGACAACGGAUCGACAAAAAACUAAACAAAGGCUGAAGCCAGAUGUGGACACACAGCAUGCACUUUCACGUGCAUUUUUCUUCGGACGCUAUGUUGGAGGAAAACCAUCUGAUCAACAUGUAUAAAAAAACAAACUCAUAGCCAUUUUUCAAGAUAUCAUUUGUUUUUUACCAGAAGAUGGACAGGACUGAGACACCGAAGAUCCUGCUUACUAUGUGAUAUGAAUGGUUUAUUUACUGUGUUUAGUUUGUCAUUGUUCUUUAUUUAUUGGUUCAGAAGAACUUGGGUAUUUGAGUCUCCUGCCUGUCUUGAAAACCUCAAGUAUUGGAGUCGAAGGAAUUGGAAGAAACUAGCAAAGGGCUUACGGCCAAUCAGAAACACAAACUCUUGUUACAGACACUAGGCCGCCAUGUAAGCAAAGGAACUUGUUCUUACUUUUUUUCUUGUGUUGUUAGCUCAAGCACUUUAUUGUGGAUUGAGAGGAAGAGAAGUGUAUCCGUAGGCGUUCUAAAGGUAGAAAUGUGAAGGCAGGUGAUUUUCUAAUCACUCCUGCUCCCACCUUCAAGUCUCACCUGCUCUGCUCGGUGAACCGGCCUACAGGAUGCAUACGUUUCCCAGAAGGCAGAGCGACCAAGGCAAAGUGUAAUUGGCUGCAGCUCAACUUUGUGGGAACUCUUCUGUCGAGAUCAACUUGGUAUUUGAUAGAACCCUGUUUCUCUUUUUAGCUGUUUGAAUUUCAUAUACACAAAAGGGGCAUGCCACUGAUUUAAAGUACGGAUAUUUAUCUGCCUGUGCUACUUAAAAUUUGACCUUUUUUAUUUUCAUCUAAUAAAAAAUGUCACAUGUUCUCCAACUUAAUGGCAAUGUAAUGUUAAAUUGGUGGAAUAGCCCUUUAAUUCCAGAUACAGUACGUGUGUCUGGCACAUGAACAAAUUAGUUACUAUUUGAUUGCAGGCAUUUUUAAAGCGUCCCCUUUUAUUUACCAUUGACAUGAUAUCAAAUGCAGUUGCGCUCAAACAUCAAACCAAAAUGUCUUUUUUUAAUUUUUUUAUUUACGUUUUGACAGCAGGAAAGCUUUGAUUGGCUUUUAUUAACAUGAUAUUCAUUUUACACUUUUGCAAAUUGUAGAAACGGCUUUGAGACGCUCAUCACAUUGUUUCCAUUGUUACCCAGUUUAGUAGAAAUGUAACAAACCCACGGGGGACGUGCUGAGUAUGUUGCUCAUCGUGAGGUGUCACAAGGUUCAGAAGAACCAAUCGUCCACCUUCAACCUGAUGAGAUCAUCGUGAAACUGGUCAUAUUAAAAUUUCACUAAAAAUACUACAGCUUUUUAUGUUCUGUCAAUAUCUGUAGCUAAUAAUUGUUUUUUGUUUUUUUACAAAACUUGGUGUUUGCAAACUUGUAUAUAUUUGUAUGUGGUGCAUGUGAUGAUUCCAUGCCCCUCUUUUUGGGAGGCGAGUGUGUGCAUCUGUGAGUGUGAGGUUACUGUUUAAGUUUUGUGGGUGUCGAUGAUACCAUCAGAUGGCCUGCCUGUCAGUCAAAGAGCACAAAUCUUUACAUGUACAUAGAUGAAUUUGAUAUAUUUUAUUCAUGUCUGCCAAGGGUUUGAUAAGGAACCGAUUUUGGCACAACAGGGGGGGUGCCAAAGCAUAAAAAAAUACAAUUUGUGGUAGCUCAAAAACUUCACCAAGAACUAUUUUUUACCAGGACUGUUCAUUGUUGUGUUCAAGACACAUUUGUUUUGUGGCUCUCGUGAAGUUUUCUAGAAUGAGAGCGAUCUCUUCAGAUUUCAAACUCAAUCUCGCAAAAUGUCCUUUUCCUCGACUUGUCACAAUCUGCACUGCGUUGCAUCGACUCUGUCCCCCCUGUGCCCCCUCAAGUCGUCUGCCGUGCUCCCAACAGUGUAUGUAUGAGUGUAUAUGAACACACGUGUGCAUUAAGGCCAGUAGUAUACAGUCAUUGAUGGAGAAGGAGGUGCCUUCUUGUGAAUAUAGACAGAGGCCUACUCCUUUUGUACAGGUGUGAAUACAUUUGUUUCCGUGUACAGAUGUUUAUAAAUGCAUUCACAGGCACCCAGUGGUCCAUGGGCCUGUUCCUCUGAUGUACUGUUCUUUUUCUGAGACAUAUCUGGGUGACCGUUUCCCCCUCGUCCUUGUCAUGAGCACUCUGAACCACACAAAGCCUUUUACUGCACAUGGAGUGAAGAGGGACAAAUAAAGCUGAUGGAAACCCACCUGAA